GCUGAUGGCCUGGCCCUUGUCCACAGCUAUGCGAUUAGAAGUUGAGAAUAAUUAAUAAUGUGCAAAGGUAAGAAAAGUAAGAGUAAGUGUCAAAUGAUGACAUCGAAACUAACGAGAUUAGAGCUAGUCUAUUACAUAAGGUAUGCCUUAUAAGGUACCCAGGUACUUUAUAUAUAGAAAGAUGAGUUACUUUAUUUGACUUGUCUCUGAGUUGCUGUUUCCCUAUGCUUAAUGUUUUUAUCUUGUUGGGUGAUUACCUCACAUGUCUAUGUCAUAACCAUGUGAAUUAUAUAGGUAUACAUGUACCUAACGUACCUACCUACAUAUAAUACGAAGUACAGUGUUAAUAUAUCUGAUGGAACAUUGUAUAUGUACAUACCAACACGCGUAAAGUGGGACAUGACAAUCAAAUCAGUUGCUGUCGCGACGCGACACAACGCAAGUUCUAACCUAAAGAUGAAAAAAACAAUUCAAUGCUAGACUUCACCAAUUUAUGUUUUAACGCUUUCGCCGUGAUACCUUGAUCAAUUCUAUUAGCCAUUGUUGAUACGAUGCUGUUCAGAAGUGAUCCCGUGGGUUACGGAUAGAUGCAACCGGUUUCUACAUCUCAAGUCUGAAGUGAUAAGUGAUGGCUCCUGGUCAGAACACCUUUUCCAUCGUACCAAACGCGUUAUGCGCCAUCAAUGGCGGCCUCGACGCUUCCGAAACCCGGCCCAGCAAGCGGCCUAUGACCACCAAGCAGGCUAAGAAAGCAUAUCAGAAAUCAAACAGGGGGCCUAAACUAUCCAAAGCCGAGCAGCGACGCCAGGAUCUCUUCGAGCAAGACCGCAUACGGCGAGAAUUUGAGAAGGAGAAGAACCAGGCCCGCGCAAGGGCCGCAAGGGACAAGAAAAAGGAGAAGGAAGAAAAAGAGCGCGCUGAAAAGAAAAGGAAAGGAUUGCCACUGGUCGAUGUUCACCCGUCGCAAGCUACAAUUGCUUGGUUUGUCCGUGGUGAUAAAAAGAAGAAGCCGGAGAGCAAACCUUUAAUAAACUCGCCUAUUACCGAUCGGCAUGAGAGCGAUGACAGUGACAGCACUACAUUAUCAAGUGAUGAACCCGAGCCGCCGCCGAAAAAGCAAAAAACAGUGCCUCUAGAUCCGGGACACAGUCCGAGCUUUGCAGGGGGGUUGAAUUGUUCGUCAUCGUCACUCCGGGGCCCAGACGCCCGAGGUACUCCUCAAGCAGCUAGCAACACAGUCAAAGGUCCAGUUGAAAAUGGUCAAAUGGUAGAACAGCUGGCUCCCGAUGUCGAUGGUCUUUCUACGAUGGUACUUAUCGAUGAAUUAUUUAAUGAUCCAGGGGAUGCUGUAAGCAAUCCGCCCAGAGACGAUAUGAAUCCGGACGAAGGUUCCCUCCUACUAGGAGAGCAGAUAAUCCCUAAUAGUCCAUCGUCAUCAAAAUCGCUGGAUUGUUAUCGUUCGCCAAUCACAAUCGAGGAGUUACCACCGGCACAAAAGGCAAAGAAGGCUGUAUCACCGCCGUCUGACCGACUACCACUCCAAACUCUGGGUGCGAGGGAGGUCAAUUCAAGAAUCACCAACACGCCUCAGGAGCUAGGCCAUGAUCAAGUGAAGCUGUCAGACCGUGCGCCGAGUCUCGCCCUAGAUUCAUUAGUAAAUGGAUCAAAAGGGGGGGCCCCGUCAAUCUCAUCACCAAAGUCCUUUCGGAACCCCAGAACUCCAAUGGGACCCCCUCCGAUUCCAUCAAGAUCUAAAUCGCGUGGCCAUGUAUCAGUUACGGAUUCGAAGACACCCUCUUUGUUCCCCAAACGGAAUCAUGUAUCUGGCUCUCGUUCCGUCACUAACCCUAACCCUAAACUCGGUCAACGACAUCACACACUUAAGGGAAUGCAGGACGAGCAUCUACCAACGAGCACCCAGUUGUUUAUGCUCGGACACCUUGAUGAUCUUUUCCCAAGCCCCUCACAAGAAGUAAGGGAAAUAUUUGGAGAAUCGAAAUUUGGCAUUGGAAGGAAUGGUACUGAGCCGAAAUCUAAAGCCACAUUUACAAGCAAGUCCCCUACUAGUAGGAAGGUAUCUAAUAAGUUGAUCCCAGCUGUGCCGAGUCCCGAUCGCUUCGGUUCUAUUAUAGGAGGCGAAACCCCAAAAAUUAAACCCAUCCAGGGCCGCUUUUCGUCCAUACAAGCAAAGGAGAGUCCUUUGCUUCCCACUGCAAGUAUCCACUCCUCGGGAAACUCUAAACCAUUUGAGAUGCCAUUUUUCUCAACACAGGAUCUCUUCCUUUCGUCACAAGACCUAGAAGACCUCGAACCCGGAAAAAUAUCUCCAAUAGGACUCGAACGUCGGAAUGGUUAUGAUAGCCAUAACCCAUCCGCAGAAAAACCGACUUGGAAUGGCAAUCUUAGCGUAACAACUUCAUUUCAUCCGCCGGCUCAAAAGCAGCCUAGAGGGUCGAUACCGGAUUCUCGAAUUAGUCCGGCUCGCGACAGGGGCCGAUCAAUUCGCGCUCACUUACUUGAGGAAUCCGCCGAAUGUCUCAAAAGUUCGAAGCAGGUGCCCAAGGAAACUACAACACCGAAUGUGUUCUUGAAGAGCAAUCAUUCGCAAAGUCGCAACUUAAGGAAUACAGCCGACUUCGAAAAGCCUACGGAUAAGAUAUGCGAGGCUACCUCUCAGGGUCAUCAAAAGAAAUCACUUGGCACACUACAAGCUGAGAAGAAUAUGGCACCCCCGCGAGCCUCGCCCAAACCAUUCUUUACUUCGAGUGACCGAGAAAUACAUCGCAUAUACACCAAUGAGAGGAUGAAGACAACUGCGUGGGAGAGUGCCUCAACCAGGCGGAAUGUACAUCAGGGAUUAAAGCGUCUUCAAAAAUCAGAGGAUGAAAAAUCAAAUGAGUUGAUACCGAUGUGCGCGAUAGAAUAUGAAAACAAAGGCAGCAUCAAACCCGGCGUGUCUGGCUCAGAAUCGAGAACCGAAAGCUCAUCCACGCGGCCAUGCGACCAGGUUAAGGACCAGUCGCGGCCCCGAUCGAUCAAUCAGCUAUCAAGUUCGGUAGGAAGCUUCCAAAAUCACAAGAUCGAUGAGCCGAAGGAAGUACGUCCGCGACAGAGCCAGUCACGUAGCUCGUAUGAGAAAAUGUUGGAGUUACUUGAACGCACGGAGAACUGUAAACAAGAACAGCUGGUAGUAACUGCGUCGCAGGAAACAGAUUAUGGGGAUGCCGGAUUGGAUGAUGUCCUUAGCGAAAUGUUGUAGUUCUAAGACUCUGGUUUAUCGGUACUGGAUUAAGAAAUUCAGAUAUCACGAUUCAGGGCGUUGGGUUAAUAUGUAUAUAGGUACUCUGGGUGAGAAGGAUACGGGGGAGCAUAAAGGGAGACGAACCAUUAUACCCGGCAUAGCAGUCAAUUAUAAGAUAAAUGAAUUAAGACGAGUAGAAUAUGAAGGUGUGGCUACGUGGCUCGGCAUCCUGGAUGCUUAUGAGUCUAGUGAGCACAGUGACUAGUUUGCCCCUACGGUUGUCAGCAGCCA